AUGACCCGCGCGGCCAUCCUCUCGUCUCUGCGCAACAACAUAUCGACCACCAUGAGCCGCAUCGCCGUCCUCGACGACUACAACGACCUCGCCGCGAAGUAUGUGACCGACGCCGUCCGGUCCAAGGCCGAGAUCACCGUCUUUCAGGACACAAUCCUGCCGUCCAUCGACGAGCCGGCCCUCAUUGCGCGGCUCAAGCCGUUCGACGUGCUCGUGACGAUGCGCGAGCGCACGCCGCUCCCGCGCUCCGUCAUCGCCGCGCUGCCAAACCUCCGCACCAUCCUCACGACCGGCACCAUCAACCGCGGGAUCGACACCGAGGCAGCAAAGGAGCGCGGCAUCGUCGUCGCCGGGACGUCGUGGGUGCCUGCGCGAGCACGUGCGCCCCCCGGUGUCGGCGUCACGGUGCAGCAUACGUGGGCGCUGAUCCUCGCCCUCGCGACCAACAUCCCGCGCGACAACGCCCUCGUCACAGACGGCAAGUGGCUCGGCGCGAACCCGCUCAACACGAACAUCUUCGGGCUGACCCUCGGCCUUGUCGGCCUCGGCAACCUCGGAAGCCAGGUCGCCAAGAUCGGCGGGCUGGGCUUUGGGCAGAAGAUCAUCGCGUGGUCGACCAACCUCACGCAGGACAAGGCCGACGAGCAGGCGGAGAAGGUCGGGCUGCCCAAGGGGUCCAUCACGGCAGUCAGCAAGGACGAGCUGUUCUCCACGGCGGACAUUGUCAGUGUGCACCUCGUCCUCUCGGAGCGUAGUCGUGGCAUUGUCGGCGCGGAAGACCUCGCCAAGCUCAAGCCGACCGCGUUCAUCGUCAACACGGCGCGCGGGCCCAUCAUCGACGAGGACGCGCUCAUCGACGUGCUCGACAAGGGCAAGAUCCGUGGCGCCGCCAUCGACGUGUUCGGUACCGAGCCGCUGCCGCUCGACUCGCGCUGGCGCACGACAAAGUGGGGCGCGCCCCGCUCCGAGGUCAUCGUCACCCCGCACUCGGGCUACUCGUACGACGACCAGAUCGGGUGGAUGUGGGAGCGCACGGCGGAGAACCUCGCGCUUGUGGUUGAGGGCAAGGAGCCACAGUGGCGCAUUGUGUAGGGAGUGGAGAGGGUGAGGCUGGUGCGGAUGCAGUUUCUUUUGUGG